GGUGAUUCCUUUUCCGGCGAGCUCGGAUUUUCUUUCCGUUUCAACGGAUCUGAGACAUACUUCAAUGGCAGACAAGGAGUUGUGGAUAUCUCUUCAAAACCUGAAUCUCGGCUUGGAGCGUAGCCCUUUAAAGAUCUCAAAUGAUGCUAAAAACAGGCGAGAUGCCGAACACCGGCUUAGUCUUGUUGUUCAAGGACUACAUCCUUCUCAAAAUCCAGCUGGAAUUAAGGUGAUGAUGCCAAAGAUUUGGAAAUUGGAAGGCCGUGUUACCAGUCGAAUUAAUGAUGAUGGAUCUGUCCAAUUCUUCUUCAAGCAUGAACACCAACUUCUUACAGUUCUUGAUAACGGGCCAUGGACCUAUAAAGACUGGCUUGUUGUAGUUGAUCGCUGGACCCGUCGAAAUUACCCGGAUUUCCUUCGUAUCAUCCGCUUUUGGGUAAAAAUUCUCAACCUUCCAGAUGAUUCUAAGAGUGACAGCGUGAUACGCGAAGUUGGUGGAGUGUUGGGUCAUGUUGAUGAGGUUCAUAUACAACAACCGUCUGCAGACCAAGUUGGGGAAGUUCGGGUCCAUGUCCCAAUUGAUGUUUAUGAUCGGUUACUCUUUGCUCGCUACUUCAACUUGGAUGAUUCUCGACCGCCAGUGCUGAUUCGAUUUGUUUACGAUAAACUCUGGAGAUUUUGUUCUACCUGUGGAGGCCUAAACCACCUUGCUACACACUGCAACUUCCAAGUUCAAGAAACGGAGCACUUGCAGUUACCACCUCCAAUCCCUGUCCCUGUUGCGCAUCACAUGGUAGACCAACCACAUACCUGUUGGUGUCGGAUCCCGCACCAGUAGACCGGGACCAACCAAAGAUCGCCACGUAGUCAGGAUG